AUGGACGUAUGCAGUACGAGUAGUAGCACUGUUGCGAAGGCGGCGGCUCAUUCGCCCCAUCGAACGAUACCGAAACUACGAUUAUGUAUUAGUGUUAGCGAUGAAGACGCAAAUUCGGCUCGACGAUGCACAAUUGGCGAUAAUCAAUUGAACAUCGAGGGCAAGAAUUAUUCAAAAUCGGUGUUUGACAACAUUUUCGGACCCGACAAUUCACCGACAUCUAUUGGCGAGGCGAUUCUCAACGAUACAAUCAGCUCCGUACUAGCCGGACAUGACGCAACGAUACUUGCAAUGGGUGCCAAAUCGACUGGGAAAGACGAGCGACUCUAUGGGGACGCUGAAGCGCGCAACGGGCUCGUACAAUUGGCGAUCACGCAAAUUAUGAAUGCGUUGGAGGAGAAUAAGUGUCCCGAUGAGCGAAUGCAGGUCAGAAUGUCGGUGGUAAUGGUCUCGCAGAGGGAAGCUUCUAUUGUUGACCUCCUCAGCCCCUUUAAUCCAGAUCCUCGUCACCGAAAUGUCCGAAUCGUCGAUGACGCCAAGAUUGGAGUGUUUCUUGACAACGAAUCUGAGAUUCGCGUGGAUUCUGUGGAUCAGGCGUUAUUUUACUUGAACACUGCUGUGGAUCAUAGAUUGAUUCAGGACGAGCAGACACAUCGAACAAACCAUGUUUUAAUUUCUCUGUCUCUUUACACUUAUAAACUAACGGAGCAGCAUAUGGAGGGUGGACGUCGUCGUCUGAGCUUUCUUGAUAUGGGUAUCGGUGAAAGGAACUCAACGAAUGGUGGCCUUACAAUGCCGGUUUUGGGCAGCAUCUUAUUGGCGCUGAUACAGAAAAACAAGCAUAUUCCAUCGAGGGACUCAUCGGCGUGUCAACUCAUCCGAUGCGCAUUGUCAUCGUCGCGCCUCAGCACGUUUUUGUUGUCGUUCGGCGCCCGGAACGACGAUAACGAGAAUAUUGCGCAUCUGGCAUGCAAAAUUGCGCGAACACGUGUGAAAAAUUCGAUUGCUUCUGGACGCAAGACAAUGACGUCGAAUAGUGAGAAAGGAUUAUCAUCAAGUGAUACGGCAAGAAUUCGAAAGGACUUUGAAAGCGGCUCAGAACUCAGUAGCGCUGCGGAAACUGUCAUUUUUGUGGGGCCUUCUUCACGCACAGUGUCACCAGUCAAAUUGCCGCCAACUGCUGGAGAAGUCCGACCACUUCAUCGAACAACUCGAACCAACUCGGAUAUCACGAAGCCAUUGACUAUCGAUAUUAAGACAUCUCCAACGCACAGCUGUCACAAUAAUUGUACGCAAUCAGUUGCACCUAUGCUCAAGGGCCACACGCCUUUCUUGUCGGCUUCAUUGAAACUGUACGACGAGCUGUGCUCGCCGCCUGGUUCAUCGAUUGGCUCACCUAGUGCUUUUGGUGGAGUUUGCCGUGAGGAAAGAGAGGAUUUCGGAGUGAUGAUUGCAACGCCAACACAUCCAUCAAAAUGCCGCUCGAGGUAUAAUCUAGACGAUGGAAAGAGGCGACAGAUUUUGGAUUGGAUGGAAACUGCGGACGUUUCGCCGGUUCUCUUCACAACCCCGGUGUUUGAUAACAAUUUUGAAGAGAAAAGGGAAUGCGUUGGAAUUUUGUCACAUCCUCUUGAGGACAUCAUUGAGCAAGAAGAGGAGUCUCUUCGCACAUCAACGGCGACAACCGGUGCUGCCACCAAGUCUGAGGAUCAUCCAUUGCGAAUUCUGAGCAAACAAAAUCUCGCCGAAACCGAUUCGGGCGAGAGUCAAAAGGAGAAGGAGGCUGAAAACGAGCUGGAACUUGUUAUGGCUGCUUCUUUGUCGUCGAUGAAAUCGCAUGAUAUUCUCGCGAAACUGGAAGCAAUGAGGAAUACGAAUACCAGCGGGUUGUCGGCUGGCUCGAGCACCACCGUUGACGAUGACAAAAUGUCGGAGAUGGACGUUUAUCGACGUGCGAGCCAUUUGGAAGAGUAUGCGAUGCAACGCGUUCGCGAGAUCGAGGAGAACAAACCUCAAAAGAAAAAGAAAAAAGUGAAUCUGAAUUGCUGUCAACAUAGUAUGGUCUCGUCGGGAAGUACCGUAGUGGACUGGAGUCUUAUUGAAAAGAAAAAGGAGCAAGAGCGGAAAACGUUGGAGGAAGAAGCUCGUAAACAACUACUGAGGGAGAGACGGAAUAAGCUGAAAAUUACUGAGUUGGAGUUACGCAAGGAGAGAAAUAUGAUUGAUAAGGAAUUGGAUGACAAGCGAUCUCUAGCGACAUCAAUUGCUCGCCAACUUCAACAUUUCUCGCUAUCGCCAUGCCGAGGAUCGAAGGGAUCAUUUUCAUCGAGAUCGAUGUCCUCGCAUCGUAUUGAUCCGCCGAUGGCCUCAUUGCCUUCGACGCCGACGCUUUCUCAACGAAAAUCGGCGGCCAGCUCAAUUAGGAAUCAAUUGUCGCAAGGUUGUCAAUCGGCAACGCAUCAAAGUCUUCCACGCCACACAAAACUAUCAAAUUCGAUGAGGAAGACGUCGGCGGAGAGGAAAUCGAGCAAGAGCUCAACUCGAGCAUCAGACAAAACGAAGGAUCGCCGAAAUAGCGGCGGAUCGCAGGAGCGGCAGGGAAGCAAAGACGAAUUAUGCUGGAGAAGCCCUUAUGCGAAUGUUACGUCUCCAAAAACCUAUGGAGGACCGGGAACAUCAUCAUCGGGACGCGGCUCAUCGGCUCCGGGCUCGGAUUUCGAUGGAACUGUGCUGUCGGGAAGCACUACACAUAUGAAUGGAACGACGCCGCGCGACGAGGCGAAACGAUCGAAACGACAGUCGUACUCGGCAUCAUCUGGAUAUGAAUCGGCUUCCAAUGACUACCAUAUUUAUACGAAAAACUCAUUAUUUGAGAAGCGAAUGAACGAAGAGCGAAUGAAUUUUACACGACAAACGGAUCAAAUCAGGCAUCGUCAAAGGGUUUUGAAGAAGGACCUUGAGGAAGCCAAACGUGCAAUAGGCCAGAUUGAUGAUGCAAGGAUCAUUGCAAAUGGUAGUGAUCAUCACCGAUUCCACGGGUUGAAUCGAGCGACACUUAUCGACACCUUGCAGCAGGAGAAUAAAAUUCUUGAGAAAAGAAUUGUCGCAUGCAGGAAUCAUUCAAUGCUCAUAACCACUUUUAUUUAG